GCCCAACCCCUGCCGGCAGCUUGGAGAAAUAUUUUCAUCAACAAACAAUGGCGGCGACCCAACGCGAAUCAUUAUUUUUUUCAGAAAAUUAUCGUGCUAAAGUAGUAAAAAUUAAAGUUAAAGAAGGUUCUCAUAUUACUAUUGGGCAAAUUCUGUUUCAAUUUGAACCCGAAGAAAUCCGUAGUCGUGAGAAUGAAAAUGCGAACAAUUCAGUUAGCAAUGGCCCCAGUAAAUUUGUUGUUCGCGCCACUUCGGCUGGGUUGUUGGAAAAGCUCUAUAUAAAAGAAGGGAAUGUUAUUGACCAAGGAGCACAGAUUUUGGAAUACAGCAACUGUAGUCAUCCAACAGUCAUGAAAGAUAUGUGUGCAGAAUGUGGAGCAGAUUUGCGUGAAACCAAUCAGAGAAGCCAGACCGCUGCUGUUGCCAUGGUUCAUAACAUUCCCGAACUGAUGGUCAGCAUGAAGGAAGCCACUCAGUUGGGUAAAGCAGAUGAAGAACGGCUUCUUCGAGACAGAAAACUAGUUUUACUAGUAGAUUUGGAUCAAACUCUGAUUCACACUACCAAUGAUGAGAUCCCUCCCAAUAUUGAGGAUGUUUUUCACUUUCAACUACAUGGACCUACUUCACCGUGGUAUCACACGCGUCUUAGACCCUUCACCAAGCAGUUACUCUCAAACAUUAGUUCUCUCUAUGAGCUUCACAUAUGCACCUUCGGCUCACGCACGUACGCCCACAUGAUUGCAAAUUUCCUCGAUGAAGAAGGCCGGUACUUUUCCCAUCGAAUUUUAUCUCGAGAUGAAUGCUUCAGUGCGCACUCCAAAACUGCGAAUCUCAAAGCUUUGUUUCCUUGUGGAGACCACAUGGUUGUCAUCAUUGACGAUAGAGAAGACGUGUGGAAUUUUGCGCCGAAUUUGAUACACGUCCGUCCGUACCAUUUUUUUCAACACACUGGAGACAUAAACGCUCCCCCAGGAUUGGCAAAGCAAGAAAAAGAUGAUAAGGAAGGUUUUGACUUUGCUUCCUUAAAGUCGGGAGAAAAUUCGCUCGAGGCAUCUACUCCUAAAGUAGUAAACGGCUCUGCGCCGAAAAAUGCUGAAGAGGAAAAAGAAAAACCUCAAACGGCUCCCGAUGAUUCGAACGUUGACGGUGGAACCCCUGUUGAAGAUGAGAAUAAACCCGAUAAUUACGCUACCGAAACCCCAAGCAGUUAUGAAGAGACAAAGCUAAAUGACGAAGUUCUAGUGAGUACGAGUGAGUUAACUGAAGACCCAAAAGAAACAGCAACGAAAGAAGCAUCAGAGACGCAAACAAAAGGAACAGAGGACGCGGAAAAACCUGUUUUGAAUGAAACGGAUAAAAAAGUGCUGGAUGAGGGUGAUAAUCAGGAAAAAGAAAAAUCAGAAAGUGAUAAAAUUCACAUUCGUGACACAGACGAUUAUCUCCUUCAUCUACAAGACAUAUUGCGCACCAUUCAUCAUGCAUACUACGAACUGUACGACGAUAACAGAAAGAAAGAAACAAAAGCAGUACCGGACAUGAAAAUUGUCUUACCUUAUGUCCGCCGUAAGGUUCUUGAAGAUGUGCACAUAGUUUUCAGUGGUGUUGUGCCCACAAACACCUCUUUGGAGAAAAGCAAACCAUAUUUGGUAGCAAAAAGUCUUGGAGCAAUCAUCAUGGACAGAGUGUCUGAAACUACUACUCACGUAAUUGCAGCAAGGCUAGGAACCGCCAAAUUAAUUGAAGCCAAGAAGUACAAACAUAUUCGAGUAGUGACUCCUGAUUGGCUGUGGUCAUGUGCAGAGCGGUGGGAGCGUGUGGAAGAGCGACUUUAUCCUCUCAACUCGGAAUUGGUAACAGUUCGGCGGAAGCCUCCUGCCCACUGCACCAGUCCAGAUGUUGCUUUUCAGUUGGCAAUUGCCGCGAGCGGCAAAGAAGAACAAGACGCUGCAGUUCCGUAUUACGACCGGGUAACAGGAAAAAGAGUUUUUCGUCAACCAAAGAAAAGCGAUAAAGGGAAAACGUUGGCUACGUCUCGCAAUUCAAAUACUCAAAAGAGAUUUAGCGAAACUGUUAACCCCCUGCUUUCACUGUCGACCGACGAAAUUGCUGACAUGGAUCGUGAAGUCGAAGAUAUCUUGCAAGAUAUGGAAGGAGGUGAGACCGACGAAGAAGUAGAGCCUAUGAAUUUCAUAACGGAAGAGAACGACGAUAAAACUGAAACUGUACCAAACAGGGAUGAAUCGCCUUCCCGAAAACGGAAGCUGGAAGUAGCAGAUCACGAUUUAGUAAUUGGUGAAGUGAUUGAACAAGACAGUCCAGAAAACGAUUCACUCAUGACAAAAUUUCGAAGAGGUGAAGAUAUUCCUGACCUUGAAGUUGACGUCGAUGAUCCUGACGACGAAGACGACAACGAGCCAGAAGUUGAGGAUUUAGAAACAGAUGAAGAACCAGAAGAUUCAGAACUAUGUUUAGCUGGUCAGGCUCUCGAGCGAGAAUUCUUAAGUGAAGAAGAUUGAGUUUUAGUUCCCUUCCCUCAAAAGCCUCUCCAUGAAAUUCUAAUCUGAUCUCAGCCAAAACAGAAUGGUUGAAGAGAUGUACCUGACGAAAUCAUUGUGUACUUGUUAUACUACAAUAAUAAACAUAAAA